CGGAGGCCCGGAUAGGCUGCUUCCGCCCGGUGCCCGCUUCCAAGAUGGCGGGGGGGCGGGGUCAGAGCUGGGCGGACCGAGUUGGCGGGCGGGAUGCUGCGGGCGGCGCUGGGCAGCGUGCCGAGGCUGCUGUGCCGCGUGCAGCCCCGGGGGUCCUGCCUGAGGCGUCUGUGGGGCUGCGGAGCCCGCACGGAGGUCGCAAGCAGGCGGCGGGUCUUGGCCUGGGGAUGGCGGCGCUCAAGCUCCGAGCCGGGGCCGGGGCCCGAGGUGGCGCUGGGACGCGUGGAGGCGGCGCACUACCAGCUCGUCUACACCUGCAAGGUCUGUGGGACUAGGUCCUCCAAGCGCAUCUCCAAGCUGGCUUAUCACCAAGGCGUGGUCAUUGUGACCUGUCCGGGCUGCCAGAACCACCACAUAAUCGCAGACAACCUGGGCUGGUUCUCGGACCUGAAUGGAAAGAGAAAUAUUGAAGAGAUCCUGGCAGCCAGAGGCGAGCAGGUGCGCCGUGUGGCUGGCGAGGGGGCCCUGGAACUGGUUCUGGAGGCUGCCGGGGCCCCCACAUCCACUGGUGCUCCGGAAGUGGGUGAGGACAAGGAUCCCACUCGCCCUGGCAAGACGGAGUUGAGCUGACCCCUGCGCUUCCCGGCUCUGCGGGACUUCAGCCUUCCAGAAGGAUAUUUUGGUCCUGGGCUUCUCCGGACUUGGCCUGUUUUCUAUCAAUAAACAAACAUCCCUUCC